AGGAGUUAUUUGCGAGUCAUCAAAUACUCACUAGUUCUGUUGAUUUCAUCCUGGUUGCCACUAGUUUGUAGGGGUAACUGUGGCGAUGUGUGUUUUCCCAUAUAACUUCCUUGACAUUCCAUCGGCCGCUGACGAACAACUUAUCUCACAUAAACACAUAACACAUAGUCACAGUUUUAUUUACGUCCGUCAGAUAGCCGAUCAAUGCCGCUUCAUGGCUCUCAUAUAACUGAAUGCGACAGAGAAAUCCUUGUUUCUUUUCGGCAUUUGUAGUCUCAGGAGAAGUAACGUAUCGGCAGUAUCGUUGCAUUCUGCGUCAUUAUCCUUUGAUAACCUCACCAUUCCUAGAACAUAUGUGCAAGUGUUAAUUCCAUGAGCAUCUUUCAAAUUCCAAUUUGUCAACCAUGGCCGCAACGAAGAUUUCAUCUGAUAUGGUUCCGGUAAUGAGAUGCCUGAUUGUGGUAUCAAUAGCUGGCCUGUUUCCUAACCUGCUUAAAGUUGAUGCCACAGCAAUUGCGUCCGAGCUUGUGUUUGAUGGAGUGGAGUUGAUGUCUGCCGCUGCAGAUGCCGCUUUCCAUCGAGAAAAAAUACUGGAUAGACACAAUUACCUUCGUUCACGUGAAGCGGAGAACGGCUUUGGUUCUGGGGCCGUCUACAUGAACAGACUGGUGUAUGAUGUCGGACUGGAGGCGUACGCCCGAAAUUACGCAAGGCACAUGUGUAGCACAGGAAAAUGGGAACACUCCAAAAGAGCAGCGCCGUUACGAGUCGCUCGCGGAGAGAACUUGUACACAAACAGCGUCGAUUACUCAAGCACUCCUUCAAGAAACUUUGACUCCGCUCAGAUCGUCCAAAAAUGGUGGGACGAGCGGCAGUACUUCGACUGGCAUGCAGAAAACCCGUCGCAGUCAGCUCAGCGACAAGGCAAAAUGGUGGGGCAUUGGACACAAGUCGUGAGAGCAGAAGCAUCCACUGUCGGUUGCUGGAUCGUCACAGGGUGCCAGUGUACUGCCGGAAGGUCAUGUCAGAAGGCAAACGGCGGAAGAUGGGCAACGUAUGUGGCAUGUCAUUAUGACUAUGGCAAUCUGGGAAGCUACCCAUAUUGGCCUCUCAAUACAAAUAUUCAGUACCGCAUUCCGACUACAGUCACUCAAAAUCGUCGUCAACGGUGCGGCAGCUGUCCGAAAGGCUUCAACCAAUGUGGAACGACCAUAGGGGGGCAAGAGAAGAGAGACGCCUACUUGUGCGUCGGGUACUGGAAUAUUAACGAAUCAAUGCCACCAGCUGACUUGCUUCGCAAAUCCAUCAUCAUGCGACACAGCUCCAGUGGGAUUCCGUCUUGGUACUUCAUGGUCCGGAACUGCACUCGCGGGAACGGCUCCUGCCCAUCUAACGCGUCGUGCUGGGCAUACGGAAAAGGGAGGACGUUAGCUGCGGAGCCACCUGUCCUUGUAAAUCAAUGCCAGUGUCAUGGAUUCAGCACACAGUAUGGUAUCUACUUCGAGAGGGAUAUGUGCGGGCAGUACAGUGCCAUCCAACCCUACUACGAUGCAGAUGCAUUUUUGGGCUUCACGGAAAUCGGGGGAUUGAAUACUUCAUCCGCAACUCGCGCUGCUCACUCUCCGAGUUCGACAGGCGUAUCAGACCAAAUCUCGUGGAAAGGUCGUCUUAGUACAACCGCUGCAUUUCUCGACUCUGGCAGCUCCCUUGCAGAACUCGGGAUGCACGAUGGUAGCGUCGAGCUUGACCAGACUUCGCCACUGACAGAAACAGCCGAAGAGGCGGCAGAUCUCAUUAUUCAAUCAGACGAAGGGUCACUGAAGGCGUCCGUCAAACCGAGGAACACUGCUGUAGAUUCCAUUUCCAAACAAAAGUUGCAUUUCUUCUCGCCAACGGCCACAAAUAGCUUGGACGAAAAACUAACAUUCUUGUCCCUGCGAGCUGCUUCAGACGUAGUGCCUCCGCUGGAUGACGUGAUGUUCGAGUGGAAAAAUGUGCGGGACCCUCAGCUAAUAGCCAGGAGACCCGGGGUGGCAACAGACGCCAUUGGAAAUGCAGUACAAGUUGCUACCACACUUCGGGGCAUACGUCAACAUCGCUACGAAUCAGUUUCUACCCCUCUCAGUACCGUCUUUGCCCAACAGUCUUUAGGUGUUGAAAGCGGCCAUAAUGAACUAUCGAUCGAGGGUGAUACCCCAAAGGAGCCCGUUGAAACCCCCGGUCUGGAACAGGUAGAACGCAACGCAAGUACUACAACAGAUUCACUUCCUCAUGAAGAAACACAGGCUAGCGCAUCACCCACAUCACCUGAGGUAACUGCGGAGGAAGGGCCCCCCAUUGCUGAUAUAGUGGAUGAGGAAGAAAACGAAACCGCUUUACGGGGUGCUCCUGUAAACGUUAUGGCUGUCCAGAAGGAUGCCCGGGAGAAAAACAAAUAUCCGCUGCCAUAUGCAGACGAAGCGAGGAACGAAGGAACUCGAAAGCCCGAGCCUUCAGGUGGAGCAGAUGCACCUUCAGAAAGGAAACUGAACCGGUAGAUUUCUGUGAAAUUCAACUGCAACUGCAACCGUCUGGCUAGGCCCCGGACUGUCAACGAACUCAAGCUGUCAUGCCAUUGCAUAAACAGACAGUCUCGGUUCUGGCUGUGACAAGUCACAAAUUUUGCAUUCCUGAACCGUUUUGCCUGUUGUGGCAAAUAGUUUUAUCAACGCGCAGUGUGCACAAAUCCAUCUAUGGACCCGCGGGUAUGCGCAAAGCGCGUGGUUGUGUCAAGAGAUUUGUGGUACUACGGAAUUGUCAAUCAACUUUGUUGCAAAUUUGACGAAGCUUCUGCUUCACAGUCGAAGUGUGAUUACGGACGGUUCUUUCUCUGUCGAAGCGUAAGCUGCAAUUCUGCAGUGGCGCAAACUUUAGACAUCUUCUGGAGUUACUGGAGGGCGUUAGUCUUGCUGUAACUCACAUCAUAUUUUUCGCUUGACCAAA